UAGUCUAAUUUUGACACAACUUUCAGAGAAAAUGUCCAGCACCCCAGUGGCCGUAGUGACAGGGGGCAACAAAGGAAUUGGAUUUGCAAUUGUGCAGGCUCUCUGCAAGCAGUUCCAGGGGGAUGUGUACCUGACAGCCCGAGACCCUGGCAGGGGGCAGGCAGCCGUGAGGAAGCUGCAAGAGGAAGGGCUGCAUCCUUUCUUCCACCAGCUGGAUAUCGAUGAUCUGCAGAGCAUCCAAGCCCUCCGCGACUUCCUUAAGGAGAAAUAUGGAGGGGUGAAUGUGCUGGUUAACAACGCAGGGAUUGCUUUCAAAGCUCAUGACACUACUCCAUUCUCAGUCCAAGCAGAGGUUACACUGAAAAYUAACUUUUUUGGAACCAGGAAUAUUUGUACAGAAUUGUUACCUCUUGUGAAGCCUUAUGGCAGAGUCGUGAAUGUCUCUAGUUCUGUAAGUCUUUCAUCCCUGGCAAGUUGCAGCAAAGAGCUUCAGCAGAAGUUUCGCAGUGAUACAAUCACUGAGGAAGAGUUAGUGAAGCUCAUGACCAAGUUUGUAGAAGAUACCAAGAAGAACACACAUGUGAAGGAGGGUUGGCCAAAUACUGCCUAUGGGGUGUCCAAAAUUGGUGUCACUGUCUUGUCCAGGAUUCAAGCAAGGAUGAUAAAUGAGAAAAGGAAAGGUGACCACAUCCUUCUCAAUGCCUGCUGUCCAGGGUGGGUGAGAACAGACAUGGCAGGUCCGAAAGCCCCUAAAUCACCAGAUGAAGGGGCUGACACCCCAGUUUACUUGGCGCUUUUACCUGCAGAUGCUGAUGGUCCUCAUGGCCAGUUUGUUAGUGACAAAACUGUUCGGACCUGGUGAGCUUGUGUGUGGAGCCACCCAAGAGUGGCAGUGUCGCUGUGGCUCGGACUGCCCUGGCUGGGCAUUUACCCAGGGCGGUGCCGUCCUGCCACAGCGGCACCAGGGCAGUUAUCGGGAUGGUGAGGGUUAAUUUUGGUACUUCUCCAGACUGUAUCCGCAUGAGAGCAUGGCUCCCAGUGCACAGCAGUGUCUGGGACACAGCAUAUCUGGUGGCCAUGCUGCCAGAAAUCUGGUUUGUGGAUUCUGCAGCCCAAGUGAUAUGAAUUAACCUGGUGUUGCCCUAAAGUAGAUGCACUUGACCUUGUUUUGCCUGAAUUUACUCUUAGCUAAAUCAUGGAUAGCCCUUCCCUCACUCCCUUUGAAAGAGCCUACAUCUAGCAUGGAGUUGGGAGGAGGAGACAGGUGCCUUACCCUUUUUCAGUUCAGUAGAUUUUUCUGGGCACAAUAUUUGCUUUUGGGAAGGGUGUGUGUGUGAUAUAGGGGUUUUGCUUUAAAUGUUGGAGGUUUCUUGUUUUGCUGCAGUCUGACCGGUUUGUGGGAAGGUUGAUAAGACURGAACAGGAUUAUAGAAACUCCUUAUUACAAAACACAAUUAGGUAAAAAUAAAAAUAUCAAUGAUUUAUCAUUAACAGAAAAAAUAAUCUAUUGACUUUAUCUAUAUAAACAAGCAUAUAUAAAAAAAAUUACUCACUGUUUUAGCUUUGUACAGAUGUCUUAUCCUGAUAGUAAAAAUCU